AUGAAGGCCAUCGUGAAGGCUGCGGCUAAAAGGUUGGAUUCCAACCAGGCUCAACUGCGUGCCGCACGCUAUGGUGGCGAGGUAGCCGUCUGUUGCAUGGCAGAUACCAUCGCGCACGUCAUAGGCGACUACGCCCAGGACUGGAGUUCUGACGGCCAUUUUGGAGCGAGGAGGAGCCUUGGUAGUGGGAGGUCACGCUCCUCCUCAAGCUCCUCAAAGAGUGACAUCACCCUCACAGAGGAACUCUUGGCCCAGGGGGAAACCCUAGAAGAGGACCAAGAGGAGGUGGCUGCGAUCGACGACAACAAGAAAUGUGACUCUGCUAGCUUGGAGAAGGCCAGCAGCAGCUCCCUCUCCGCAGACCUUGUGGACAGCACCUCCACACAGAAGACAGUGAAGGAUGAGGCUGUGAAGGAAGGAGUGAGGAAGUCAGGAGAGGGGAAGCGAGGUCGCAAGAAGACCCUGAAGAAGAACAAGGUGUCUCCCCUUGGCACUGAUGGUAAGUCCUCCCUUCUGUCAGUCCACAUGUCUAUUUGUCUUCAACAAAAUUAUAUUAUUUCACCACAUUGUAAUGUUAGGGGAAGAGACUAUGAUGAAGUUAUCAGGGUCUUAUUCAUUAAACGGAAGUAACAGGGAGGAACUUCCUUGAACAAAAAAAAAGGUGUUUUUGUUUUCCAUUGCAAAAGUUUUUUUAACGGUUUGUCCUAAUGAUGUCAUGCCAUGUUCUCUGUCACCUGUUCAGAAAC